UUGCACUGUUCACUUCGUACGGUUGCUCUCGCAACGGCCUCGCCAGCAACGCGAAAACUGCGCGCCCUUGCAGCAAACAGACUUUCGCCUCUUUCAACCUACCUCUCACACCAUACCAACCGAGUACGCCCGCAAGCGCUCCGCCCCAGAGCUCAACACCCGCCUCGCAGUCAGCAUGCCCUCUCCACACACCCACAAAUCCACAUUCAUUAAAGCCCUCAAGUCACCGAUCAAAAUGCUCCCACACGCCCACGGCUCUUCAGCAGCCCCAAACACGCCCCUCACACCAACCUUCUCACCUGAUCGCCCGACCUUCCUUUCAAACGGCCUCCCCGUAUCGCCCUCUACCAGCCACGUCCCAGAAAUCACCCUCCAGCGCGCCUCGGGCUGCCUCUGCGACCCCUUCACCGACAUGGACGCCGCACCCACAACAUGGACCUGCUGCGCCUGCGGCACGCAGAACCGCGUGUCUAUCCACUCCGGCCCACAUCCCCUCGGCGAACUGGCAUGCGACUGCGCGCACAAGCCGUGCGUCGCGUGCUCGAUCGCCGGGACGGUAAAGCCGUUCCUGCCCAUGGACGAGCCGGCGAUGGUGCCGUGCAGCUACAUGUCCACGUCCACGUCCAACCCCGCCAGCUCCUCAGAGCCAGGCAAAGCGAACGAAAAGGAAGAGCUGCGCUUCGGCAUCCUGUGCCCCGCGUGCGGCCUCUCCUGGCGCGCCCGCGAACUCGGCAAGCGCUGGUCCAAGACGCUGCGCAAGAUGCCCUCGGUGUCGCUGCAAGCCAGGCGCCUCGCGCCCGAGCACCGCCUGCGCAAGUCCCGCUCGACGCUGGUGCUGGGGACCAAGCGGGUUAUCACGCCGCCGGGCAUCGCGAGCGACAAACAGGCCGAGUAUGCGGCGGUGAGGUUCAGUGGGGUGCCGUGUACGUGCGGGACGACGAUUAGGCUGAGGGCGGCGCUGUGUUUUCAGAUUGUGGUGUUGGAGGGGGGUGAGCAGAUAAGGGUGGAUGAGAAAGAGAUGGUGGUGGAUGGGAGGAUGGAGAUGGAUGGGGGGGAGAAGACUGUCAUGUGGGAGGGUAGUCUGGUGGCUUGGACGACGACGCCUGAGCUGCAGGAGAAGGGGCAUGGGACGCCGACGUUGAGGCUUCUGGAGGGCGAGCAUCCGAAUCCACUGCGAAGCUCACCGGUGGUUGACAAGAUGGCGAGGGACUCGUGGGAGGAGAAGUGUGAUAGGGAGGGGUGGUUUUGAGGGUCGCUUGAGAUGGCAGGAUGACUUGGAAAUGAGGGUGGGGGGAUGAUGCGCUCGAGUGUCCUGAGGAUUCUUUUGGUGCAAUGUUGUGUGGAGAAGUGUUGGACGUAAUCGGAACCCCUUUGGCGGCGUGGUAUUCAGCUGUCUGUUUGGCAGACGAAUGACGAGCGCCAAAAUGACGGC